AUGGCCCAGCAACCCAUACAGCCCCCUGCAGCUCAGGGCUGGGCCUAUGAGCUGCUCUACAUUCCCUUCAUCCUGCCCUUCGUCGUUGCGGGCUGUGCACCUUUACUCGUUUUCCGCAGGGAGCUUGAGCACUCAUUCAGCGAGAUUGUGCAUGCAGUCCUGAUGCGCAUCAAGGGUCCGGCUAUUGCGUUGAGCGGCGCUUUGAUGCUGGUUGAGCUCUUGCGCACAUCCGAUCACUUGAAAGACGCACCAGCCACGAUCAUUGGAACUCGCCUGUCGGAGACAUUGAGCCACGCCUUUGUGGCUCUUUCUUUUCCGCUGGGUGCUCUGGGCUCUUUCUUUUCAGGAUCAACGACCGUCUCGAACCUCACCUUCACACAAGUUCAAAAGGUGGCGGCUGAGAAAUUAGGUUUGACCUCGAAUGCACUCAUUGCCUUGCAGCUCUGUGGGGCAUCCAGUGGCAACGCCUUCUGCCUGUCCAACAUCAUUGCAGCCACCGCGGUCAUCGGCUUGCACAUCCCCGAGGGCAUCAUUGUGAAGCGAGUCUUGAAGCCUGUUUUUGCCCAGUACUUGAUUUGCACCCUUGUGUUGCUGCCCUUCAUCUAUGCUUGAAGCUCUCGAGACGCAACUGAACCCCCACGGUGACUGCACCAGUGCCACACUUCAUCACUUCAUCGAAGAAAAAAAGUUGGCAAAGUAGAGCAAUGUGGAGCCCAGCUCCUGGUCCAUCCGUGUGUAUUUGGCAAAUUCCUGUGUAACCAUUGCACAGGAGCCGUUUUUGAACUUUCAAUCACUUACCAAUCCCAAGAGAGCCAGCAGGAAACAUAGAGCUUGUCCUCCGUUCUUGGUAGUGAGACAAGCAAGACUCAC